CGGAACCGAAAGUAUCAGUCGGACGCAGGCGAGGAGGCAGAACGACAUGAGCACGGGACGCAAUGUAAGCUCGAUAUGAUUUGAUCUUGGAAAAAACGGCUUGGUUAAAAUCAUAAUGGCAACGGGAAACUACGUGGUUCAACUGAACGAGUACGCGCAGAAGAAUGGCUUGGAGCGGAGAUUUGAAGACGUUGGAUCGGAUGGACCCGACCACAUCAGGACAUUUACUGUGAGAGCAAUCGUGAAUGGCAAGGAGUAUCCCGCUGGCGUGGGUAAGAACAAGAAGGAGGCCAAACAGAACGCUGCUAAAAACGCCCUGAGAUGCCUGUCUGAGGAGGAGGAGCACGCUGAUCGUACUGAAAAUGCAUUGGAAGCCUCCAAUGCAGCCUCUCAUCAGACAAGUAUCAGGAACUAUGUAUGUUGGCUCAAUGAACAUGGUAACAAGAACAGGCUGCUCAUAAAGCCGGUGGAGUCAACACGACUGGGACUAAAUAAUGUUUCACAAUGCUGUAGGUUUGAGGUGGGUGGUACGAUGUACCCAGUGGGCUAUGGGAAAACAAAGAAGGAAGCCAAGGAGGAAGCGGCAAAACUUGCAUAUCGUGAGAUAUGUGGCAGUAAAACUACAGAGACUACAGAUGAGAAAUAUGGCCGCACCUCAAGUCCGCAAAAAGAUGAAUCGGGACCAAAUGUGUCAGAAGUCUGUGAUAUGACAACGAGCCCAAGUGGAACAACAGUGUCAAAGACAGAAAGUGAAAAUUUCAUUGGAAUUAUCAACCAGUUCUGUCAGGAAAAAAAGGUCUCCCAUGAUUACAUCUUAGAAAAAAGACAUGGUCAACCACAUAGCCCCCAUUUUUUCUACAGAUUAGUGAUCAACAAGAAGGAAUACCCUGUGGGUGAGGGUAAGAAUGUCAAGGAAGCCAAACAAAAGGCAGCUCAACUGGCCUGGUCUGCUCUUAAAGAGCAGUCAGACUGGGACAGUAAGGUGACUGAGUCCAAUGAUGGUGCAGCAUCCAGGCUGCUCACACUACCAAGCACACCGGAGUCCCGUGAUGCACAGUCAAAAAGCAUGCCAACAUUUUCCAGUGACUCAGCUGUUUUCACCAAUUCUUCCAAGGAUCAGGAUCAAAGUCCUGAUGUGAAGCCUAAAAUAAGACUUGCAGCAAAUUUCAAAAAUGCCUGCAGACAAAGCAAAGAGGAAGUUGUCAAUUUCAAAAGCAAGAAUAAAGGAAGUAGUCUGAGUGAGAAAACAACAACCCAGUCGGUGCUGUCAAGGUUUACAUCAGAUUUUGACUUGAUAGUACCUCUCGGCAAAGGAGCCUUUGGUCAUGUUUUCAAGGCAAAAGAAAAACUGCUGGAUAAGUAUUGUGCUGUGAAGAUUGUCCGCUGUAAAGAGAUCCAUAAAGCUCUACGAGAGGUGAAAGCAUUAUCAGACCUCCAACACUGCAAUAUUGUUCGGUACUACACAUGUUGGAUGGAGGAUUCAGGGUACCAAAGGGACAGUACAGCUGACGGUAGCAGUGCUUCACAGUCAACCAGGGGUUCAUCUGUGAACUACCUGUAUAUUCAGAUGGAGUUGUGUGACACCAGAACACUCAGAGUAUGGAUAGAUGAGAAAAACACUGCUGAUGUGAAAACAUCUUUGCGAGACUCCAAGAGACGAGAGGAGAGUCUAACCAUUGCUGAGCAAAUUGUCAGUGGAGUGGAUUACAUUCACUCCAAGAGGCUCAUUCACAGAGACCUGAAGCCUGCCAACAUCAUGUUCGGAGACGAGGGGAAAGUGAAGAUUGGAGACUUUGGUCUGGUCACUGCUGAGAAUGAUGACGAUGCUGAGAACCUGAUUGAGAGAACAGUGUACAAAGGAACCCCAUGUUACAUGGCUCCUGAGCAGAAGAGCGGGAUCGUUUACGACCGAAAAGUGGACAUAUUUGCUUUGGGGUUGAUAUGUUUUGAACUUCUUUGGAACCUGUCUGAAGAGAGGAAAGAGAUUUGGGACGAUGCCAGAAAAAAGCAACUUCCUCAAAGAUUUUCUCACAUUUUUCACCAGGAGAACCAAAUUAUAAAGUCAAUGCUGUGUUUGAAACCAGAAGACCGGCCUGAGGCUAGUAAACUGAAGAAGGACUUUGAGGAGUUCACUCAAACACUAACAACACCUAAAAACAUGCAUUGUGGCAGUAUGACGGUCUAACCGUGAAAACGCAAAUAGUCGUCACAAGCUUAAUUUUUGAGUAUUAUGGGUUAGUAAUCUUAUUCCCAAGUGGCAACCCACUGUGACAUCACCCAACUGCUAUUUUUAAGUCUUGAGUUCAGCAUUUUGGCCAGCACCAUCUUGUUUUUUUUGAAACACGAAGUAACCAUAUUUGAAGGAGUGGGCGGUAGGUCUGACUGAGAGCCCAUCCACUGCACGUCCACUUACACCUGCAACCAUGCCUUUAUUGGACUAGCCGUCAAUUACACUGUAUCCACGCUCCAAUGUAUACGGUGCUUUAUUGUCUAUGUUACUCUAUAUGAGACCAAAAUUUACUAAAUUAACAUCAUGCUGAAUUGAAGAAGCUAGAAAUUAGUGAUUGAGAUCAUAAACUCCUCAGGAAAAUGUUUACUGAUGUUAGAAACCACCUGAGAAGUUGGGUCAUUUUUCCAAAGACUACUUCUCAUAGAAACUGACUUGUUUUUGCAACCAGUAGAGUCACCCUCUGCUGAUCCUUCAAGAUAAAACAGCUUUCAGGCACUUCCACAUUGGCUUCACUUUUCGGACCUGGAGACUACGUCCACUUUGAUAUAGUCUAUGAAUAUUCCAUUAAUACCUGGAGGUUUUUCGAAUGCUAAGGGCAGCUUCUUUUUAGUAACUUUUUUUUUCAUGAACUGAUGUGUCAUAUUUUAUCAUGAUUAUGUAGUGUACGUGGUAAUGUACUGACUUUCUUUCAUCUUGAAUUGCACCAUUAUUCGCUUUUAAUAAAUAAUCAUGACUUGGCUGUAUAAUAAUUGUGAUAACUGGAAUUGAAAUAAGGUACUCUUUGUUUGCAAAUGGUCAAAUGUGUUUAUAGAAUCCAAUUUUCUGCGUGUGCACUCUGGGCGGAUGGGGGCAGUGUUGUUGGCACAGCAUUUGGCUAAAGACAAUAAACCAGGAAAUAUCCUGAAUAAGAUCUGA